AUGCCACGCAUCAAGGCAAAUCCCGUGCGGAAAGUCUUAUAUAGGCGGAUGGAGACAGAUAAAGAAGAUGAGGUACGUACCCGUUCUCCAUGAAAGUUAUUAAAAUUAAUCAAUCUUAGAGCAUUUUGGACGACGACGAGGUGGCACGAUUAGAGCGGGAACUUGAGUAUUUACGCGAGGAAAAGUCUCAACAGAUUCGGAAAAUGCGACGGCUUCGUGAGGAGAGACGGCUAAGAUGUCCCAGUUCUGCACAAAGCUCGAGUGAUUACGACGAAGAACCGUUUCCCGAAAACGUAAAAAAGGAGAAAAUCGAACCAGUACGCAAAGAGACUGUUUUCCUGAAAGGCGGACUCGAUAAGGCGCAACAGAGGUUCAUGUUCAACAUACGACGAAUUGAGGAAAAGUACGCAGAAAAGGAAAGAAAGGGGUUGCCAGAGACUCAGGUGGAGGUCGGUUCUAAUCGAGUUUUGUCUGGAGAAGUCCGCAUUUUCAGGUGGAUUGCCACGGCAAUUUCUAUUUCCCAGAAACAAUGGCUGGAUGCCAUCAGCAGUCGUUCAUCAAUAGAAUGUACCGAAAUGACACUCAAUUCGGAAAAAGUCUCAUUUCCGCCCCGCGCAACUCCAUCGAUUCAUUUGAUGGCGACCGUCACGCACUGAAAAAGUGUCGAGAGUUGGAUGAAAAGUUCAGGCGGAAACAGAGAAGAUCGGAGGCAUUCGCAAGAAAAGAACCGACAAGCAGAACCAACAGAGAGAGUAGUGAGGGUGAGAGAAAAGAAAAAAAAUUGUGGUCUGAAAGACAAAGAAAUUCACAGAUAUUACACUGUACACCGAAAGAUCUUCAGGACGAGUCAGAUUCUCAGAGUAAACCAUUAUUGUUUCUAGUUCAUAAACAUUGUUUUCUUUUAGAGACCUGGAUGAUGACGUUUUCGUAGAGGUAGAGGAUGAGCCGAAAGCGCGUCGUCCCUCCAGAAGAAAAGAAAGUGGAAGGCAUCCAACAUCCUCGACAAUCUCGUCGUUCUUCGAUGGUUACUCCGCUUUUUCGGAAUGUAUCAAAGCAAAUAGUAAUUUCAGAAGAAGCGACUGAAAGCGAAGGUGGAGAGUUCGCAGACGAUGAAGAAAUGAGUGAUGAAGAGGAAGGAACGAGCGAAGAAGACGAAGAAGACGAUGACGAUGAAGAGAGCACUCCUUUGCCACCCAGACAACCGAAGAUGCCUUGGGAUUCAAGAGAGACCGCUCCGACUGAGAACCUACUGUCAGCAAGCGCUCUUAAAAGAGGUUACAGUGCUAGGGUUGAAUGAAAAUUAUAAUAAUUCCCAGAAACCCGUGAAUCUACUCCGCAUCUUCCUCCGAAGCAUCUCUCACUGAAAAAAGAGCCACUUCAGUUCAAAACUGAAUGUGCGACGCCUAAUCAGCCCAGCUCUAGUCUCAUAAGAUCUCAUCUCACUCUGGGUCUCAUGAAAUCUGGGAAAAUAACUCCGAAAUGCUCGGAACAAAAGGUGAAAACAAGAACAUCACAGUUUCAAGUGGCUGAGGAUGAAUUGGGAUCCGGGAACAGGCCGAUCAUAACUCGAAGCGAAAAUGGACAGAGAGAAGGUCGAAAUGGUGUGCUGAAAUUAUCUAUUUAAAUAGUCACAUUUACGACUUUCAGCAAAAAUAACCGACUUCCUUAAACCGCUCCCUAAAGGUCAAAAGGCACCUGACUCUAUCAAAAGACGGACAAAAGUGGGAACUUCUGCUCCGAAUACUACAGUUCCAUCGAGUUCUGGAACUCCGAAAUUGCCCGUUUUGAAACGAGAAGACGUUCCAAAGUCGGCAAGUCCGCCAAGUUCAAAAACCGUGGAAACUCCAAAAAGAUCAGAUCCUGUACCAAAACUUGGUAUUUAAAAAAUAAUCCGGUUAGUACAUAAUUUCUUAGUUUAGAAACUCCGAAAUUGCCUCAGAAAGAGAUUACUGAAAAGGCCGCCAAAUCCCCGAAUCUCAACAAUUCGAAAAUAGUUCCAUCGAAAGGGAAACAGAAAACCGUCCAACAAAACUCAGAAAACGGACAGAUUCUCACAGAGAACACUGAAAUAGCUGCAAGCAGUCUAAGUCCGAUUGUGAAAUCCUCCCCUGCAAUUGCAACAAAACAGACGGAAACACCGAAAACAAAACCAGCGCCUCUGAAGGCUUCCGGCGCGAAUCCUCCGGGUGAAACUCCGAACUCUGAGAAUCCGGAGUUAUCUAAGAAAUCGAACAGAACCCGGAAGCCAUCCAAAAAGGCAGCGGAGACAAUGAGCCAGCAGGAGGGAAAAAAAGAAGAGCAUGGCCACUGCCAUAGCACGAAGUCGGAAAAAAAGAAAAAGAAAAGCGGGAGAACGUCGACUCCGUACUGCAAACAUUGCGAGCUGAUCAAGGAGGAGAAGAAACAAGGUGACCAGAAAAAUAAUGAAACGAAUGAAAAUAUAUCAGUUUCAGCAAAAGUGGAUGCGAAGAACGGGAUCGUCAGACAGAAGCCGGAAGAGUCGGAGACCCUGAAAGAGACGCCCGACGCGAACAGCAGCGGAAUAGCCGCCAAACCGAAUGAGAAGAGCACUCCAAAGGAACGGAAAACCGACAAAAGUCCGCGCGAAGGGUCUUCGGGAACGAAGAGACGGUCGGCAACUGUGGCUUCACAGGAACCGGAAAUGAAGAAACAAAGUGGGAGUCAGACAGACUGAAGAGUUAAAAUUGAGUUUUCAGAACUGACCGACUCGGAUCUUCUCUCAAUUCCUGCGUCGACUGCUGUUGCCAUCGAUGUCGAAUUGUUCGUAUGCGUCGCCUUCUCAUUGAUUCCUUUUUCCUACAGAAUCCAAGCGGAAAACGUGCAACUGGCUUCUUCGAGUCUUCCGAUGUUCUCUGAUAACUUGCCAGAAUGUUCCACGUGGUGCACGAGUGUCGAUGCUAAAUGGCUGAAAGAGAUAAAAAAGGCGGCAGGUAAUGCGAAAGCAGCCAAAAUUUUCGGAGUUCCACUAACAGAUGUCCGCACGAAUACUCCGAUCAUCAACGUUUGGGUGGACAAUCUUUUCCCGUAUGAAGCCUAGAAAUCGAACUGCUUAUUGAUAGUGUACUUUGUAGAGGUCACGACGAGAAGGAUCCAUUUGCGAGUGACUUGCGGCGAGUGAUGGCACAGAAUAAGAAGGCGAGAAUCGAUGUGAAGGCGGGAUAUGAUGUCCGCCGAUGAAUUGUUAAAUAGAUCUGUUAUGUCGUUUAUUCUUAGCUGUCAGAAUGAAAAACCUUGUUUACUUCCCCUUUUUCAAGCUCUCGUUGAUAGUGGUUUCCUGAAGGACUACGGAGUGCAUUGCUUUCUUUAUCUUUUCCUUUUCUCCAUUUCAUCAUCUCAACUGAUCAUUGCAGAUGUCGAAGCAAAGCUCGCUAAUGUCGUUCUUCUCGAAGACUCCGAAACAGGAAAAGUCGGAAGAGAACCAAGCAAAAAAAGUGAGAAUUGAGAAAACUGAGAAAAAGAUGAAAAAGGCGGAUGGUAAGAGGAAGAACGAAGAAGAAUAUGAGAAGGUUUUGCUUAUUUCAGAGGAGAAGAAGGUACUUAAGAGAAGCAACUCGCAAACGAUCAACUGUGAGAAUUCGCCUGUGAAAGUUGCAAAGAACACUCCAAAACGCGCGAAAGUCGUCGUCUCGUCUUCUUCUGAAUCGGAGGACGACAGCGGAGACGAAGAUUACGAGAUGAAAGAGGAGGAGUUGAAUGCAGAAUCGGAAGGGUCGGAAAGCGAUGAGAAUGCGAGUGACGAAGGCGAAGAAACGUUCGAGAGCACGCCACAGAGCACCCCGAAACGAGGAAAGAAGGUUCAGAAAACUCCGGUUAGAAUUGGAGAAGUGGAAGGGGGAAGUAAAUUGAAAACAAAUUACAGAAAAAACAAGUAGAGGACACUCCGAAGACGUCGAGAACUCCAGGGAUUGGGAAAUCGAAGAGAGAGAUGGCCGAAAUCGGCGAGGUUUCGAUGACUGCCGUCGAAGAGAAGAUGACGAAGAUCAUGGAAGGAGAGGGGGAGAGAACGAAGAAGUCGUCGAGAGCGAUCGGAAAACAAAAAGAGGAGGAGACGUCGGAGAGAUUCGACCACGAAUCGUUCGAAUUCUUGAAACCGGAGAAAAUCCGCGACGCUUACAAAAGACCGGCUUCCGAUCCGGAGUACGACCCGAAGACUUUGUGGGUGCCGCCAGAUUUCCACCAGAAGCAGACCCCGGGACAUCGGCAGUGGUGGACGAUCAAGUCACAGCACUUUGAUACGAUCAUUCUGUUCAAAGUGGGCAAGUUUUACGAGACGUACCACAUGGACGCUGUCGAAGUAGUUCGCGCACUGAACAUCGCAUUCAUGCGAGGCUCGUACGCUCACGCCGGCUUCCCCGAGCAUGCCGCUUCUAAGUUCGCUGAUCAACUGAUGAAUCACGGGUACAAAGUGGCACGUGUCGAGCAGACGGAGACGCCGCAGAUGCUCGAGGAGAGGAAUCAGAAGACGAAGGCCAAGGACAAGGUGGUGCGGAGAGAAGUGUGCAGAGUGACGUCGAACGGAACGAGGACGUACGGAGUACUCGAUGGAGUCGACUUGGGAAGUGAGACGUCGACUCUCGAUCCAACUGCGAAGUACUUGCUGGCUGUCAAGGAGAUGCAUGUGAGACAAUUAUCAGAGAGCACAAUCGCACAUUUUCAUAUUUACAGUGUUCGGAAACGGGGAAGUCGACGUACGGAGUCUGUAUGAUCGACACCACGACCGCCCACAUUCGCAUCGGUCAAUUCGAAGACGAUGACUACCGUUCGCAACUUCGCACCCUCCUCGCCAACGUUAUCGUCGUGCAGACGCUCACCGAGAGAAAUUGCACUUCUGCGUCCACGAAGGCCAUUCUCAACGGCAUUCUGUUCUCCGUUCCCAGCGAGCAACUUCUCGCCAAGAAGCAGUUUCUUACGGCUGAUGACGUUGUCCGAAUCAUAUCUGUAGACGACUACUACGGCUCAGAUACGUCCGAAUGGCCAGCUGUUCUGAAAGGAAUGCUCGACGAAUCGAGUGUUCUUCCGAAAGCGGCGAGAGAAUAUCAGCUCGCUUUCUCCGCUUUCGGCGCAAUUGUCUGGUAUCUGCGCGACAGUCUGAUUGACGUCGACAUGCUCUCAAUGCGCAAUGUGACCCUUUACGACUCCACCAGCAUCAAGUCCGAAAACGAAGAAAAGGCGAAGAUGGAUUGGAGUGGAAAGAAUCUGAUUCUGGACGGAACUGCUCUCGAGAACUUGAACAUUGUUCCGAACGGAAGAGAUUCCCACUCGACUUCUCUCUACUACGUCAUCAACAAGUGCUCCACCCCGUUCGGACGCCGUCUCCUCCGUUCCUGGCUUCUCCAGCCGACGUGUGAUUCCGUGAAGCUCCGUCACAGACAGGAUGCAAUCAAAUGGAUGUCGUCAUCUGAUGCCACGUCGUUCAUUGACAAAGCAACUGUCGCUUUGAAGAAGAUUCCAGAUCUGGAUAGACUACUGCAGAAGUAAAACCUGAUUUCUCCCUCAAACAUUCUCCCUCAAUCAAACAUUUCCAGAAUUCACACAAUUGGUCUGAAAUAUCGCGCUGAGAAACAUCCGGACAGCCGCGCCAUCAUGUUUGAUUCGAUGAAAACAAAUCAGAAAAAGAUCGGAGAGUUGCUGGCGGCCAUCGAUGGGUUCAAACUGUGCAACAAGCUCCGCAAAGAUUACAUGAAGAUGCAGCAAGAAGGAGAAGGAUGCGAACUGCUCGACGAGUUGCUCGGAAAGGAAGAUCAGAUGGAGGAGGUCGAAGAGAAUAUUCUGUACUUCGAGGUAUGAAUUGUUGCUCCGCAACACGUAAUCAAUGUAUUCUAGAAAAUGUUCGAUAGAACGAUUGCGUUGAAAGACGGAAAGAUUGUGCCGAAUGAGGGCUGUGACGAGGAGUACGAUGCGGCGACAAGGAGGGUAAAAGAGUGCCUGAAGGAGCUGAAUUCGUACAAGGAUACGGUGGCCAAGAAAUACAGUUGCUCGGUUGGAUUCCCCUUGUCCUAACUCGAAAUCAUCUCUAAUUCAGAUCAAAUUUGUCGAUUCGGGCAAAGUGAAAUACCUUCUCGAAAUGCCGGAAAACACGAAAGUCUCAUCUUCGUUCGAAUUGAAGUCUCGCAGAAAGGGAUUCAUCCGCUACUCAACGCCCGAUUCGGAAGAACUCGUCUCUUCUCUGGAUGCGGCCGAGCGCGAGAAAGCCAAGCUGGGCGACGAUGCGACGCGCCGAGUCUUCGAGCAGUUCGGAAUGAAGAACCCGAUCUGGCUGGAGACGGUCAAAUCCAUUUCUUGCUUCGACGUCCUCGUGUCUCUUGCCACUUUCUCCAAGUCCUCUCCGUUCGAUAUGUGCAUGCCGGAGUUCGAUUUCACCGCCGCGAAACCGUUCAUCGCAGUCGAGCGAGGAGUCCAUCCGUGUCUCGCUCUUCAGUCCCGAAACGAAGUCACUCAAACCACUUCAUUCAUCGCAAACAGCACGACGAUGGGCGAGUCGGAAGCGGCGGUGAUGCUGUUGACAGGACCGAACAUGGGAGGAAAGUCCACGUUGAUGCGACAGACUGCCGUUCUCGCAAUUCUGGCUCACAUUGUCAGUCCCCUUCCUCUUUCUUCCGAUUAAUCCGUGUUCUCUCAGGGUUCGAUGGUGCCCGCCGUCUCCAUGCGUCUCUCUCCGAUCGACAGAAUCUUCACUCGAAUCGGAGCGAACGACCGCAUCAUGUGCGGAGAGUCGACGUUCUUCAUAGAAUUGAAAGAAACGGACAUCAUGCUGAAGAACGCGACCGCCCAUUCACUUUUGCUCAUUGAUGAACUCGGCCGAGGAACGAGCACGUUCGACGGAACUGCCAUUGCCUCAGCCGUCUUGCAAAACGUGGCCGAUGAGAUCGGAUGCCGCACUUUCUUCUCCACCCACUAUCACUCGAUCUGUGAUUCGUUCACCGAUCAUCCGAAUGUCAGACUGGCUCACAUGGUAGCUUGGCUUGGUUGCCACACUCUUUAAUUCACUUUUUAUUUUCCAGAAAUGUGUCGUCGACAAAGAGAACAACGAGGAUCCGACGAUGGAAGAUGUCACUUUCUUGUACGAACUCGAAUCCGGAAUCUGUCCGAAGUCGUACGGAUUCUACGCGGCCAAACUUGCUGGAAUUGAUCAGCAGGUGGUUCGCAAUGCGUAUGCGGAAAGCAACAAGUUCGCAUCGAAUCUGAUGAUCGAUCCGAAGAUCCAAAAGCUUAUUGAAUGCGCUCGCGACGAGAGUUUCGACUUGGACGAGCUGAAAAAGAUGGUGGAGGCCAUCUGA